AUGUUGAAAAAGAUUGGCUCGAGAACACUGCCUUGUGGCACUCCACAACCAACCCCCAAAGUGAGACCCAUUCCAGGUUAUUCGCUGGUGUCGACCUGACAACCAUUCUUCAAUCCCCGAGCCAACAGAGGAGUCCAAGGCCAGUACUGUCAGUUUUUUCUUGAUGGUGAAGUGGUCUACGCGAUCAAAAGGUUUUGAAAAGUUGAGAAUUGCCGUCAUGUUCGACCAUACUUACGCUGAACCUUUACCAGCUGCCACUGGAAGUCCUUCGACUGAACCAAGUGUGACAAUCAAGACUGAAAUGACCGAACAAGUCUUCUUGGACAUCAAACCGGAUAUGAGGACACUCCAGCCUUCCCCCAAGCUCUCUGCUGUGGAGGUCGAGCUGCAAAUGCUCGGUCCGAUUUGGUACGAAGCUAUCAGUGACGUCAAUCAAGGGGCGAGUGACGCGCAAAUCAAGACUCUAUUGGAUCUCAAGCUCGAACAGGCCAAGGGUAUGAUUCCAGUGCGAUGGAAGGCGGAAAAGAAAUUUAAGGACGAUUGCCUUAUGAUCGAACAGAUCAGCUCGAACCUUGACAGUGUGCUGAAGAACCUUCAAGCCAAGGAUUUGAACGACCCAUCGGUCAAAAUCGAAGAUCAUCAAGCCAAACGACUCAUCACGGACUGGGAAACGACGCGAUAUCCUGCGUUCGAGGCCAACUUUCAAGAGGCCACUCGCACGUGGUACAAGCCUGAUCGAGACCCUCUCACUACCUCUUUUUCGGCGGUGAUGAACAAUUUUGCCAAUUUGAUGGCUCGAUUCGAGUACGAGACUUCCAUUCGACCCGUCCUUAACGGCUCCUCUCAUAGACAGCUCAACGACCCAAGCGACUCCCAAAUUGCCAUGGCCAAAGACAUGGUUACAAUGGAAGAUUUUCAAGUCAGGGACAAGAUUACACGUUUUGAAGGUGAUUUAAGCGAUUCCGAAGUGAUGGCGAAGUUCGCUAAGUGGAGAAAAGAUUGGGAAUGUCUGGUCAAAGAGAUGGAGGGUCUCCCGGGAUUCAGCAAGAUCGCACUUUUCAGAAAGCUCAAAAAAGCCGUGUCCAACCGAGCGUUGCGAACGAUUUACAGAUUUUCCAGCCAACGACAAGACUCCUAUGACAACGCCAUGAAAGAGCUGAAUAACAGGUUCGAGAAUCCCAUGAACAUUGCGGCUUACCACAUCAAACGAGGACUCACCAAACGACCCUCCAACUUGGUACAAUUGGAAGCCGCUCAGGAAGCCUUAAACGCGUUGCAAGGUGUGAAAGAAGUCUUCCAGACUCAAAAAGUGGAUAUGUUCUACUUUGCACUGACUUGCGCGUUCACCAAAUCCAUGGCGCCUCAUUUAGAAUCCAAAUGGGACCAGUUCAAGGUCCAAGAGAUGCACGAUUACAACAGCAAACGUGAUUCUGCCCUAAAAGCUGGUGAGAACCUCCCGGAAUGGCACUUUGGCAUGGUCGAUAAUUACGAGCAGUUCAACGCGUGGCUGCGUUUGCAAGGUGCCCAACUGAAGCAACCCAAAAUCGAACCCACUGGAGAUAAGUCUGGAGACCACCAUCGCCCCGCCAAAGAGCCCCUCACCGAUAUGAGUUGCUUUCUGUGUGGACCAGAUAGCAAUACCCAUCAUUUGACUCGAUGUCCCCGGGGAUUAGCUAUGAGCAUGCAAGAGUGGAAGCGAGCUUGCCGAAGACUGUCUUAUUGCCACAAGUGCGGCCGACCCUCUUCACGGGAUCACCACCGAUGUGAUAUUAAAUGCCGCAUUUGCAUGGGUAGACGAAGUGAGGUGAACCAUCAUGUGCUCAUGUGUCCCCUCAGCAAUUUCCGGACCUCGCCACUCUAUGAUGAAGAUAAUGUUAGCACUAGAAUUUCGCGUCAAGAGAUCAGCUACAGGAACCGGUCAGAAGCCACGCCAGGAUCACCGGACCAAACUCGCUCCAGGUCCUCGUAUCGGCGUGAUAGCGUCCAUUCCAGUGAUGGAGAACAUACGUCAUAUUAUCGCUCCCGUCAGCGAAGCCCUUUGAGAUCCAGCAGCUCAUCCGGCUCUCGAUAUCAUAAUUGAAGAAACUCAUCAAAUGUUAAAAUCAAGGAGGGACGAAGUUCCUGAAAAACAAAAAUCAAUUUCAUCGCUCGUAUCUUAUCAAUGACCCACGAAAUAAAGAAAAAUCAAAGCUAUUUUGAUCGGCUUUUGCUAAAU